AUGUGUCAUGAUAUGAUCAACACCAAAGAUCGCCAAAUGACCACCGUACUGGACACACUGGUCAGAGCUUUUUGGCCGCCAUUUAAACCUGAGCCGUGGAAUAUUCGCGAAUGUCGGGCUCUACCACUCUAUAUUUCUACAGGGGUAGAGCCAUCACAAGAUGGGUUCACGCUUCCCCCUGGGGCCGGCAGUGUUACCGCGGCCACCCGUCAGAAUCAGGCUUGCAUGAUGACGAUCUCAACCUUGGGGACAUCAGAGACUCUGCCGGCCACUAUCCGAUAUAUGCUUCCUACACCAUAUAUCUUCCCCGGAAUAGUAAUAAACACUCUCGUUCCUGGGGCUGACUUGGCCUCUCCGCAUCUUACCGCCGGCAUUUUUAUUAUCAUUCGCUGGAGAUAG